ACGCUCGCAGUGUAAAUCAGUUUCACGGCACGAAGAGAGAUCAGCCUUCCCCUGCACGAGAAACAGACUACUAGGGAUUUUAAAUCCCCAUGCGUGGAGUUGAACACUAUUAUCUCCAGUCGGUCAUUACUUGAUCAUUUACUUUUAAAAUGUCCAAACGAUAGACGCUGUAGCACUCUUUGGAAAUUUCUUUUCCGAGGAUAUUUCUCUCAGUGUUCCCGGAGCCAUGGCGGUGGAGGGGCGGCCGGAGCUGGUCGGUAAACGGUUCCUGUGUGUGAGCGGUGAGGAGCCGCUGGGACGCGGGGAGAUCGCACGCUGUGGCUGGCGAGCUGGGGUCAUUCGUGCUGUCACAAGCCGAGACAUCGACACUCCGGACUUUUCGGUCUGUGUGGAGUUUGACCACGAGGAGUGGGAGAAGCGGCAGUGGAUCCGGGUCUUUGAGGACUUCCAGAUCUUUCUGCUGGAGCAGGGGCUGGUGUGGGCGAGUCGGACUGUGGGGGGCCUCCCCUGCCACGGGCCCAACGGCUCCAACGGCAAGCCCGUCCUCUGGCCAGCGCUGAGUUUCCGGACACUGGUAGGACAGGCUUCAGUGGGGCCCGUUUCAGUGGUGGAGUUCUUCUCUGACAGACAGCUGGAGUUUCACCCCCGAGAUGUCAUACACCAGCCAUAUCAGGAUGAAGCCGACAUUCUGAGUCCUUUGCUGAGGGACAAUCCCUCUCUCCAGGAGGAGGUUAAAGCCUGGCUCAAACAACAGAAGGUCCAGGAGAUUUUCAUGCAAGGGAAGUACUCACUGAACGGACUGCGAGUGAAAGUGUACAGGCAGGAUUCAGCCACACAGUGGUUCACUGGCAUCAUCACCCAGCAUGACCAACACAGCAGUACAAUGAUCGUCAUGAAUGACCAGGUGCUUGAGCCACAGAAUGUGGACCCGUCGCUGGUGCAAGUGAUGUUCAUAGAUGACGUAGUGCACUCUUUACUGGCCGGUGAGAAUGUCACGGCCAGACGCCGAUCCCGCUCCAACAAGACAAACCCCCCCACACACGGUCACUUGCGAGGUCAGUCGGGCAGCCCGGGCCCCAUGGUGAGCCGGCCACCGCUAAGCUCCUGCCCCCCUGUGCGCCUGACCUCGGAACGCAGCGCGCCGCUCGAGGAGUAUGGUGGCGAGGAAGAGGAGGAUGAGAGGAUGAAGGAUGGCCGCAGAGGGUCUCCUGACAUCGGGAGGCAUGAACCUUCCAAAAGCAAAUGCAAGCCUGGUGUGAGCAAGAGGAGGAAAGGUGUAAAGGAGGAAGAGGAGGAGGACGGGGAGAGGAAGGAGGGAACUAAGCGUCACCGAGGACUCAGCGGCUCGGACCCCUACGAGAGUAACAACACGGGCGUCUGCCCGCGCCUCCCAGACUCCUCUCCUCCGUUUGACAAAACGCACAAGAGCCACUACGCAUCAAAGCCACCGGCCAAGCGGGAGAAAUCCCAGAGUCCCGUCGGGCCGGAGGGGUGGACGCAGAAGAAGCACCCCGCCCCGUGGGCUGCCGACGAGGAGGCCGCGAGCCAGUCGGCUAACGGCAAACGGCAGGAGACGGAGAAGCCCCGCCCCCUGCUGAGCCAGCCGGCCAAUCCCAGCGCUCGCUGUAAUGGGAUCGUCAUGGAGACCGGAGCCGCAUUGGAGGAGAGGAGAAGGGAGGGAGUGGAGGGAGGGGCCGAGGAGGCGGAAACCCGACACGACGGCGUGUCUCACUCCGAGGACUCUGAGGCCGUCUCUGCUCUGCUAGCCUAUCAGGAGAGCGAGCGGAUGGUUUCCAUGGAGACGUCAGCCUGCGUCGUGUUCAACGCGCUGCCGGGGGAGUGCGAGCUACCUGACAGUGAACUGCCCUCUGACCCAGAGGUCAAGAGUUCAGACUACGGCACGGCAGAGGCCCCGGCCCCCGGCAGCGAAUCAGACGCUGGCACCGGGCAGCAGGAUGAGCUGGCCACUCGGCACCCCUCACCCCCCGGGCAGGGUGUCGCCCCCGACAACGCUGGAGGGUCAGACAAGCCCAGGUCCCCCAGUGACUCUAGAGCCACUAUCAAAGGCGAGCAGGGGCCCGAUGCGGCCCCCAGGCCCAAGAGCAGCCCGCGUCCCAGCAGCCCUCCUGAGGACCUCAGGCCCAGACAGCACGCUGCCACGGACAAGAGCAGACCCAAACCCAGCACGUCCCCUGAGUCGGGCCGGCACCGGAACAAGCGUCCAGGCAGCUCGCCCAACGGUGCAGAGCAUGGGCUGCCGCACUCUGGGUUUAAACCACAGUGUGGCCCUGGGAACCCUACACCGGUCCCCAACCAAACCCCAACCACCUUCUCCAACAAAAGCCCCAUGGCAUCUGCCACCCUCACCAAAACCCAUAUGCCUGUCCCAAUACACACAACAGCAGCCAGCACCAAGCUGCACGCCCACACCCAUACCCACACCCACACAGCUGUCACCCCUACAAAGGCACCAGCUGCAGCUUCCUCCACCAAAAACUCCACCCACGCCGCCAAUCGCAGCACAGUGAGCUCCACCCCUGUAAAGCCCCACGUCUCCCCCAUCACCCCAACCAAAACGCACAGCAACCAGAGCCGCACAUCUGUGCUCAACCCAUCCCCACACAAGAGCCUGGCCAAAGCCUCCAACCACACCACCAACAACACUACUCCAACCAAGAGUCCACUGAUCGUGGACCGCAACGAGCCCUUCACGGUGUACCGCGACCCGGCGCUGGUCGGGGAGGACCCGGACGUCCCGCAGCCCCAGGGGAACGUGGCCUACAUCCACCCGUCCCCUCACGCCGGCCACGGCAAACACGCCGCCUCGCUGCCGCCCGCUCGGGCCGCUCUUCACACCACGCAGCAAGCGUCCGGCAACCCCUCGCUGACCGCGCCGCGGGCCACUCACAGCGCCACGCACCUGAGCCCUCCGCCCUCCGCGCACUCGCGCCACCUCCUCAGGACGCCAUCGCCCUCCCCGCAGCCGCCGGCGGCCCUCUCGUCGCUGGGCGGUCACGUCCUCCCUGCGGCGCCCCCGCACCCCUCGCUGCCGCACCACCUGCUGCCCUCGCUCCUGCCCGCACUGUCCCCGUCCGCUGCCCUGCUCGCCGGACACGGCCCCCUGGGCGCCCUGGGCCUCGGCCCGCACCCACUCGCCCUGCCCCCGAGUGCUGCGCUGCUGGGCCAGACCCCUCUGGGCCUCUACCCCCUCCUGUGGCCACCCUACCCCAACGGAACGCACCCGUACACGGCCCUGGGUCUCAGCGCAGGCAUGACCGAGGGCAGCCUAAAGAGGAAUACCCCCAGCCCUUGGCUGCCCCAGGCCUCCCUGGUGGAGAGCCAGGGCCUGAGGACCCCGGUGCCUGUGAGGCCGGCCAGCGCUGACCCCCACCACUCGGUCAAGAACCACAACCCCCACGCCAGCCCGUCCGUCUCCAAAACCACAGAAGAGGAGAGGAAGACAUUGACGGCGGAUGCCUUACGAGGUGGGGUCAACGCGCAGAUCAAAGCUGACCCGGAUCGCGGCCGAAACAUGGUGGCGAAGAACGGCCAGAUGCACGCGGUCUCGCACGCGCACACACACCGGCCCUUCCUGUCCGACUCACUGCCGUGCCGACCCAAACCGUCGCGGGCGGCAGCCUUCGAGCCGGCCGCCGAGCGCUGCACCAGCCGCUACCAGGAGGAGAGCCGGCGCAUCCUGCAGGAGAGCAUCGAGGUGGCCCCCUUCACCGCCAAACUCCAGCCCCCUCCGGGCCAGGAGAGGGAGCCGCCGUACCCCCGAGCGCCUCCCCAGGAGCGCGAAAGGGAUAGAGAAAGAGAGAGGGAGAGAGAGAGAGAGAGGGAGAGAGAGAGGGAGAGAGAGAGGGAGCUGCACGCGCUCCGAGCCCCUCAGGCUCAGCCGCCGGCGCCGAGCAACUACUACUCGUCCUUGUGCAGCAGCGUGGCUAACGAGCCCCCCAGACGCCCGGCGCACGCCGCCGAGCUCUCCGCUCUCUACGAGCGGCCGGGCAGCAGCAGCAGCGUGAGCCUUAGCAUUAGCGGUAGCACCUUUAGCAUCUCCAGCCACCACUCGCCGCUCAAGGCUCCCCACAGCAAGCCCCCUCCUCUGGUGAAGCGCCACCCCGAGAAAGAGGAGGGACUCCUGGGGAAGAUGAGCGAGCGCCUGGUGCAUCAGGCCUCCUCCCUGGAGCAGCACUCCCAGAGGCUCGCGGAGCGAGGCGGCGCGCUGCCGGCGGGCGUCUCCAUCUCGUCCUCCUCGGCGUCCUUUUCCGCGUCCUCGUCGCUCCGGUCCAUGCCGUCGCUCCACCGAGCGCCCAUCUUCCACCCGCCGGCUCCUCCCAUGCCGGCCAGGAAGGAGGCGGGGCAAGGACGGCUGACCCCUCCCACUCUCACGCCCGUGCAGCCCGUGUGCCUGCCGGGAGGGAAGUUUCCGGAACAGCAGCGGCCGCCCACCCUGCAGCCCGAGCUGAAACGGCAGGCCAGCGCAGCAGCCGGGAAACGAGCCUCAGACAUGGCAGCCAAGACCGCACACCAGACGUACCACCAGCACCAACACCACCAACACCAACACCACCAACACCAACACCACCAACACCACCAACACCAACACCACCACCACGUCCCUGAGGUGUGGAGAGGCCCACAACACCUGGACAAACCGGCCAACGGACACGGAGCUGCCAAGCAGCCGUCCGCCACAGCCUCUGUCAUUGUGCGGCCAUCUUCGGCGAAGGACUCGAGGACGAAUGACCGCCUGAUUUCGGCCCUGAAGCAGCCUGAGCGCACCAGAGCGUCCGGCGAGCACAGAGAGGUGGGCCGCGUGGGUCAGACUAAUGCACCGUCCAAGGAAGGGUGUGUGCAGUACAAGAGAGGCAUCCUGUGGACUCCUCUGGACAGCGUCCACUGCCCCCACACCACCCCGGCGAAAACAGACCACACCAUGUCUGCUGUUGCCAUAGAAACUGGUAGCAAGUCUUACGUCGUGUCCACUGCUGUUUCCAUGGCAACUGGUCAGCCUCCGAGAGACCGCACACCUGUGCCUUGGAGACCGGGACUGGCGGCUGAAGAAGACAGCCGAGGGACCUGCAGGGCUCAUGCUGACAUCACUUCCUCUUCCCCCAUUUCUACUUCCUGUGCGGCCACGCCCUGCCGCUCCAGCGGAGACUUCAUGCACCUGAAGAAGCAGAGGGCCGCCCUGGCUGCCGCCCAGUCCAGGAACAGCGCCCAUGUGGCGGCCCACGCCUCCCACUCGCACGCCGCCUCACAGGCCACAAGCACCGGGCCCCACAAUGCCUCCAGCACCCACCCUCCAGAGAAGGACCCUGCCCUCGGAGCCAGCCCACCCAAGCGCCCCAGGCCAGCGGGCACCAUGCCAGAGGGGGCCUCCCAGAGCAGCAGUAGCAGCCCGAGCAACCUCAGCAACGGGCAACCUCCCCCUCAGGCCACCAGCAGCCAGGCGGGCAACCCUGUCCAGAACAACUACCACAAGCUGAAGAAGGCCUGGCUCACCCGCCACUCAGAGGAGGACAGCAAAGGCACUGGCGCCCCCGACGCAGCAGGGGGCACCGACGGGGACACGGCUAGCCCUGCCUCCAACUCCACCCAGCCAAUCAGGGGUCAGGACGACAGGAAGUCCUCCAGCGAAGACAGGAAGCCAGGCCCAGACGAGAGGAAGUCCAUGCCGGAGGAGCGAAAAGCCACCCAGGAGGACAGGAAACCACCUCAGGAGGACAGGAAGUCGAGCAUGGACGAGCCAAAGGCCGGCGCUGAGGAGUGCAAGAACGCUGGUGGUGAGAAGAAGGGGGAGAAGCGCGUGUUCGAGUCCAGCACGGAGAGCGACAGUGAGGAGGAUUCGGGCGACUCGGGCGACAACAAGGGAGGAGACUCCAGGAUGAAGCGACAGCCCAAGCCCACCUUCAAGAAGAAGCUGAACGAACAACAGAAGAAGAAAGGGGACAGUGAGAAGGAGGAGGACGAGGUCAAACCCAACGGAACCUUCCGGAGUGCCAAAGAGAAGACCAGACUUAGGAUGUCCAGCAGCAAUGGCAUCCCUCGCUCGGUGCUGAAGGACUGGCGUAAGGUGCGUAAGCUGAAACAGAGUGGCGAGGCCUUCCUGCAGGACGACGCCUGCGCCGAGAUCGGCCCCAACGUGCAGAAGUGCCGCGAGUGCCGAGUGGACCGUAGCCGCAAGUCGGAGGAGCCCAACACCUCGCCCGUCUUCUGUCGCUUCUACUACUUCAGACGGCUGUCUUACAGUAAGAACGGAGUGGUGCGGGUGGACGGCUUCUCCGUCCCAGAGCUGUCGGACGAAGACGCCGUGAGGGUCUGGACCACGGGUGUUAAAAAUGGCAAUGAGGAGGAGGAGGAGGAGGAGGAGGUGGUGGAGGAGGAAGAGGAGGUCCAAAUGGACCUGGAGACGGCUAAGCACAUCCUCAGCCACAUCGGAGACAAGUUCUGCCAGCUGGUCAAGACUGAGAACACAGCCGUCACAUGGAUCAAAAAAGACACUCAGAUGGUGUGGAAGCGUGCGGUGCGUGGGGUGCGGGAGAUGUGUGACGCGUGUGAGGCCACUCUCUUCAGCAUGCACUGGGCCUGCCACAAGUGUGGCUUUGUGGUCUGCAUGGACUGCUACAAGGCCAGAGAGCGCAAGAGCGCCAGAGAUAAGGAGCUGUACGCAUGGUUCAGGUGUGUGAAGAACCAGCCUCACGACUUGAAGAAUUUAAUGCCCACUCAGAUAGUACCAUCAGAAAUCCUGGCGGAGCUGUUCACCUCCAUGCACUGCACGAGGGAGAAGUGGGCCAUCGCGGCCGGCUGUGCUUGCCCCGAGACACACAACACCCAGAACUCCAAGCGGGCCCCCACCAACGGCGUCUCUUCGGUGCUGACCAGCGGCGCUCUGAAGGCCAAGAGCAAGCAGCCGGCCUGCAAGGCGGAGGUCCAGAACAAGAAGCCCAACGGGCCACAGAGGGCCGAGCCCAACGGCGUGUGCGGGGGGGACAGCGACGGCGCGUCCGAGGGCAAGCUCACUCCCCCCGAGUCCCAGUCGCCGCUCCACUUCCUGGCUGACCUGGCCGAACAGAAGGCCCGUGAGGAGAAGAAAGGAGGGAGGGCACUGAAGCCAGAGUCGGGCGAGCUGGUGGAGUCUCUGAAUGGGAAGUGCACAGACCAGGGCUCGACCCUCCGCGACCUCCUGACCUCCACCGCCGGCAAGCUGCGUCUGGGGUCCACGGAUGCUGGCAUCGCCUUCGCACCUGUUUACAACAACUCUGAGCAGAUGACCAGGCCGGUGCACAGCAUGCCCAACCUCCUGGAUGACAUCAUCGCCUCGGUCGUGGAGAACAAGAUCCCGGCCUCCAAGAUGGCCAAGCUGGGCCUCAAACAGGAAGUGAUGCAAGAUGACGAGGGGAAGGCCAAGGCGCAGCCAAUCAAGACAGAGGACGAGGAGAAGCCGGUGGUGGAGCAGGACGCAGCGCCGCCACACGAUUGGCUGGGAGGAGAUGGAGACCACCAACUGCUCUGGCUGAAAGACCCCAGUCACCACGGCAACUACAGGCUGUUCAGGGAAUGCUGGAGACAAGAGAAGCCUGUGAUGGUAUCAGGUCUCCAUAAGCUGUUGACCCCUAGCCUGUGGAAGCCUGAGGCCUUUAGCAGGGAGUCCUCCGGUCACCAUGGCGACCUGCUAAACUGCAGGGAUGGCAGCGUGGCCAGUGGGCGGGUCAAAGAAUUCUGGGAAGGGUUUGAGGACAUGAGCAGGCGGCCUAAAACUGCAGAUGGGGAGACGGCAGUGCAUAGGCUCAAAGACUGGCCAUCAGGCGAGGACUUGAUAACUGCCAUGCCUUCCAGAUAUGACGACGUGAUGAGAAACCUGCCGGUCCCCCAGUACUGUGACCCCGAGGGCUCGCUCAACCUGGCCUCCCGCCUGCCCACCUUCUUUGUGCGGCCCGACCUCGGGCCCAGACUCAGCUGCGCAUAUGGAGCCUUCACAACGCCAGAGCAGAGCUUUGGCACGGUGAACCUGCACGCCGAGGUGUCGGACACGGUCAGCGUGCUGGUGUACGUGGGCCCGGCGCGGGGCAGCGGCGCUCCGUCUAAAACAGCUGUGCAGAAGCGUUUGGAGCGUGAGGAUCUGGAGGAGAGCGUGCGGAGGAGGCUGCGGGACCCCACAGAGAUGCCGGGAGCGCUGUGGCACAUCUACAUGAGCAGAGACCUCCACAGGGUGCAGGAGUUCCUACGCAAGGUGUGGCGCGAGGGUGGCGGGCAGAAGGGCUCGGUGGGCACUGGGAGAGAUGCGGAGGGCGAGUCGGACGGCGAGGUGGAGCCCCUGCGCGAGGGCAGCUGCUACCUGAGUCCGGCGCUGCGCCAGCGUCUGCAGCAGGAGCAGGGCGUCCGCUGCCGCACCAUCCUCCAGUUCCACGGCGACGCUGUCAUCCUGCCCGCCGGGGCCAUGCACCAGGUGCUGAAUCUCCACAGCUGUGUCCAGGUGUCGACGGACUUCGUCUCUGCCGAGCACGCUCACAACUCCUAUUACCUGACCCAGGAGCUGCGCACCUCUAAAGACCUGAUGAACUUUGAAGACAAACUACAGGUGAAGAACAUCCUUUACCACUCAGUGAAGGACGCCAUUGCCGCGCUGAAGAGAAGUUCUGAAGAGACUGAUUCUAAGAGCACUCUGCCGGAGAAGGAGGAGAAAAAAGAGAGGGAGGAGAAGAAAGAGAGGGAGGAGAAGAAAGACAAAGAGGAGAAGAAAGAGGAGGAGAAGAAAGAGAAGGAGGAGGAGAAAGGGAAUGAGGCCUCCUGACGUUCCGUCCUAACUCGGACUCUCCUGCGGGAGGGGUGAGCCGGCAGCCAGCCUGGUGGCGAGCGUGCAUGUGAGGGCGGGACUGUCAUCCGUGCACAUGCACGUGCAGAGCAGGCUCUUCCGAUAGGAAGUAGAGCGUCUCUCUGCAGCAGCAGCCGAGUCUGGUAUCCAGACAGGCUGCAUGCAGAGGGCCCUGCCAGAGCCCAGCCAGAGCCCAGCCAGAGCCCAGCCAGAGCCGGACAACUCCAGUGCAUCUCUCUUUCCAGUGAUCUGACUGUCUAUAGAAAUGUACAGUAUGUAAAACAAGAAAACAUUAAAAAAUAUAUAUAUAUUUACUAUUUAUUUGGAGAGGGCAUCUUAGAAAUCUCUUCUAUGUGUUCUCGCAGUCGUGGGUUUGGAUUGUUUUUGCCUGAUGGACAUGAGACAUUGGACAGUGAGAAACUCACAGUCCAGUCGACCACCUGACAGACAGCUAUCGCUAAAUUGUUCUCUGCAUAAAGUCAUUAUAUUGAUGCUGAUGUUAAAUUAUUUAGUUUGCAGGACUUCACUGUGCAAUGGGAGAAAACUUCAAAAGAGGUUGUAAUUUAUUGAGGUUGAAUGUGUGUUUAAAAAAAUUAUAUGUGGUGACAUUUUGACAAAAAAGUCAUGUAAAUAUGAAAGUAUAUAUAUGCAUACAUUGGAUAAUGUAUUUUUCUAUAACAUGCUUUGUUUUGGAUUUGUUUUAAAUGUGUUUCUGUGCUUUGUACAUUUGAGUCAAAAAGCUGUUUUACAUUUUCCAUUAAAAAUGGAUUUAUCAAAAUCUGAGAAUGCAUUUUGUUUCUCUGUUUUGAUUUUAAAGAAUACAUUCUGGAAUCUCUGUCUUUUGACUGUAUACCCAAUUCCAUUUCCAGAUGCUCCUUUCUACUCCACUUUUUAAGCAGUUGAAAGAAUAGCUAUGACCGAUGUAAUCAGAAUAUAUUUAAGUGUGGUUCUUGAAAUCUGAACAGUGUAGUGUUGUAGCACAAAAGCAAGUUUGAUAUGGAAU